AUGCAGGACCUGCUGUGCAAUGCUAGAGAUUUGCUCGCCCUCCUCUGGAUGCUGCGCUCAGCGAACGAGCGGGAAAUCCGGGAACUCCGUCUCGACACGUCCCUCAAGUUCCGCCUGGAUAAGCUCUCGGCGGACUUCGAGACGUCGCUGCGCGACCUCCUGCGCUCUCCGAUCCUCGAGGAUUACCGUUCCGGCGUGCGAAGGGUUGUUGAUAAGGUACAGGGCCGAAAGAAAUUCGUAACCAAUCGCUUCAGUCGUUACUUCGUCGUUAAGCAAGUGCCGAAGGAAAGGAAAGAGAAGGAGAGGAACGAAAACAGUAAAACUUCACCCUCUGGGCAGUGCAAAUCACGCGCCUUUGACAAGCCUAACAAGUCUGUACAGAUGCGCGAGUUGCACGACAAUCGCUACUCCGACAACUGCGGCCCCGAUGCGAUCCGCGAUGUUCCCCCCGGCGUCGGUGCGAAGGCCAAGACACAGACCACACCGAUUGAAAAUAACAAGGACCUGCGCAUUUAA